AUGGGGACGGGGAGCGCGCGGGCGCUGGCCCUGGCGCUCGCCUUGCUUCUCGCCUGCUCCGACAUCACCGUCGUCACGGCUCAGGAGACCGAGCGGAUCGAAGGAAGCGCUGGUGAUGUGUUGGAAGAUAACCCUGUUGGGAGGCUCAAGGUCUAUGUCUAUGAUCUCCCCAGCAAAUACAACAAGAAGCUGCUGAAGAAGGAUCCUAGGUGCCUGAACCACAUGUUUGCCGCUGAGAUCUUCAUGCACCGGUUCCUGUUGUCAAGCGCUGUCCGAACUUUUAAUCCUGAGGAAGCAGAUUGGUUCUACACACCCGUAUACACAACAUGCGAUCUGACCCCCAAGGGCCUUCCCUUGCCUUUCAAGUCUCCUCGAAUGAUGCGUAGCGCAAUCCAGCUGAUUGCUAUGAAUUGGCCUUACUGGAAUAGAUCAGAAGGCGCUGAUCAUUUCUUUGUCACACCCCAUGACUUUGGUGCUUGCUUUCAUUAUCAGGAAGAGAAAGCAAUCGGACGGGGAAUCCUUCCCUUGCUUCAGCGUGCUACGCUGGUUCAGACCUUUGGACAGAAGAACCAUGUCUGCCUGAAGGAUGGUUCCAUCACCAUCCCACCAUAUGCUCCUCCUCAGAAAAUGCAGACUCACCUUAUCCCCGCAGACACCCCUCGAUCCAUCUUUGUGUAUUUCCGAGGUCUGUUCUAUGACACCGGCAAUGAUCCCGAGGGCGGUUACUAUGCAAGGGGCGCCCGUGCGUCAGUAUGGGAGAACUUCAAGAACAACGCUCUGUUCGACAUCUCGACAGAGCACCCACCAACCUACUACGAGGACAUGCAGCGCGCCAUCUUCUGCCUGUGCCCACUGGGGUGGGCGCCAUGGAGCCCCCGCCUGGUGGAGGCCGUGGUGUUCGGCUGCAUCCCCGUGAUCAUCGCCGACGACAUCGUGCUCCCCUUCGCGGACGCGAUCCCGUGGGAGGAGAUCGGCGUGUUCGUGGCCGAGGACGACAUCCUGAAGCUGGACACCAUCCUGACGUCCAUACCCAUGGAGGAGAUCCUCCGCAAGCAGCGGCUGCUGGCGAACCCAUCGAUGAAGCAGGCGAUGCUGUUCCCGCAGCCCGCGGAGCCGAGGGACGCGUUCCACCAGGUGCUCAACGGGCUGGCGCGGAAGCUGCCCCACGGCAAGGGCGUGUUCCUCAAGCCCGGGCAGAAGGUGCUCAACUGGACCGAGGGGACCCGGGAUGACCUCAAGCCGUGGUAG